AUGGGUCUAUUCAAAAAGAAGCCGGACGACUCAUCGUCCGCGGAGUCCGAGAAGAAGGAAGAAGUGCCGCCGCCUCCGAAAAUCUCAAUUUUCCAACUUUUCCGCUACACAAGUACACCCGAUCGGGUCAUGUUGAUUAUUGGAAUUGUCGUCUCUUGUGCCACUGGUCUGGGCCUUCCAUUAAUGUCGAUUAUUAUGGUAGGUCUGCACUAUACUGAUAUUGUGAAAUUCUAAUAGUAAGCAUCCAUACAAAAAACCACGUUUUUUUAGGGUAACGUCUCACAAAACUUUAUCGAAAUCGGAACGAUAUUGUUGAACAGCACUGGUACGUUUCUCCGUCAAACUUUCCACGAUUCCGCUAUUGUAGAUCCGGCGGUUAUCCAAAAAGCAAAAGAUGACUUUUCGCACGCUGUCAUUCAAAACUGCCUGAAAUACGUCUAUCUGGGAAUCGGAAUUUUCACAGCCGGUUUGCUUCAAGUGAGUCUGAAAUAUCGAGGAGAAUUUUCUAUUUGACUCGCUCAAUCCAGGCCUCGUGCUUCUUGAUCAUCUGUGAGAACUUGUCGAACCGUCUGCGCCGGGCGUUUUUCUACUCGGUCAUGAGGCACGAGAUUAGUUGGUACGACAAGAACACUUCGGGAACAUUGUCCAUCAAACUUUUCGAGUAAUGCUUUCAAAAACCCGUUGUUUGACCUAAACCGAAACAUCUACAGUAACCUGGAACGAGUGCGUGAGGGAACCGGCGACAAAGUGGGCCUCGCGUUCCAGAUGAUGGCGCAGUUCAUCGGCGGAUUCGCCGUCGCGUUCACCUACGACUGGCUGCUCACGCUCAUCAUGAUGUCGCUCUCGCCGUUCCUGAUGAUUUGCGGACUGUUUCUCGCCAAACUGCUCGCGACGGCCGCCACGAAAGAGGCGAAACAGUACGCGGUGGCGGGCGGAAUUGCCGAGGAAGUGCUCACUUCCAUCCGCACCGUCAUCGCCUUCAACGGACAGGAAUACGAGUGCAAGCGGUUGGUCUUACGGGUUGGCGCAAUUUCCUGCAAACUUGCUCAAAUUCUCGCAAAUUCCUGCAAACUUGCUCAAAUUCUCGCCAAUUUCCUGCAAACUUGCUCAAAUUCUCGCAAUUUCCUGCAAACUUGCUCAAAUUCUCGCCAAUUUCCUGCAAACUUGCUCAAAUUCUCGCCAAUUUCCUGCAAACCUGCUCAAUUUCUCGAAAUUUCCUGCAAACUUGCUCAAAUUCUCGCAAUUUCCUGCAAGCUUGCUCAAAUUCUCGCAAUUUCCUGCAAACUUGCUCAAAUUCUCGCAAUUUCCUGCAAACCUGCUCAAAUUCUCGAAAUUUCCUGCAAACUUGCUCGAAUUCUCGCAAUUUCCUGCAAACCUGCUCAAAUUCUCGCAAUUUCCUGCAAACCCGCUCAAAUUCUCGCAAUUUCCUGCAAACUUGCUCAAAUUCUCGCAAUUUCCUGCAAACUUGCUCAAAUUCUCGCAAUUUCCUGCAAACUUGCUCAAAUUCUCGCAAAUUCCUGCAAACUUGCUCAAAUUCUCGCAAUUUCCUGCAAACUUGCUCAAAUUCUCGCAAUUUCCUGCAAACUUGCUCAAAUUCUCGCAAUUUCCUGCAAACCUGCUCAAAUUCUCGCCAAUUUGCAGGUACGAAGACGCGCUGGAACACGGAAAACAGACGGGAAUCAAAAAGUCGUUCUUCAUCGGCGCCGGCCUCGGCUCGUUCUUUGUCAUCAUCUACGCGUCGUACUGUCUGGCGUUCUGGAUCGGCACCAACUUUGUUUUCGACGGGCGACUCGACGGAGGUACGGUUCUUACCGUCUUCUUUUCCGUCAUGAUGGGCUCAAUGGCUCUCGGCCAGGCGGGGCAGCAGUUUGCGACGAUCGGAACGGCGAUGGGCGCGGCGGCCAGUUUGUAUGAAGUUAUCGACCGGACCCCUGAGAUUGAUGCGUACUCGACGGAGGGAGUGACUCCCGAGAAGAUUUCCGGAAGGAUUCGUGUGGAGAACGUCGAAUUCACGUACCCGACACGUGCGGACGUACAGGUCCUCAAUGACGUGUCCCUGAACGCCCAACCCGGACAGACAAUCGCGCUUGUCGGCUCUUCCGGAUGCGGCAAAAGUACCAUAAUCCAACUGCUCCAACGUUUUUAUAAUCCCGACGCGGGCCGAAUCUUCAUCGAUGACAUCCCGAUUCAAGAUUUUAACAUCAAAUACUUGAGACAGCUCGUUGGAGUCGUCUCGCAAGAGCCCAAUUUGUUCAACACGACCAUCGAGCAGAAUAUUCGGUACGGAAGAAGUGACGUCGAUGAGGAGGCGAUCAAUCGGGCGUUGAGGGAGGCCAAUGCCUUGGAUUUCAUCAAGACUUUCCCCUUGGUUAGUCGGGAAAACGCUUCUUUUUUGGGGAGAUUUCCGCAAUUUUCUGGCAUUCCAGGGUCUGAACACGCUGGUCGGUGAUCGUGGAGUCCAAAUGUCCGGGGGUCAGAAACAGAGAAUCGCGAUCGCCCGAGCGCUCGUCAGAAAUCCCAAAAUCUUGCUGCUGGAUGAGGCGACGAGUGCUCUAGACGCCGAAUCGGAGAGUGUCGUGCAAGUGGCUCUGGAAAAUGUGAGUACAAUUUUUGAAACGAGAUUUGAGACAAUAUCCUUAAGGCCUCCCGUGGCCGAACAACAAUCGUCAUUGCGCAUCGUCUAUCGACAGUUCGAAACGCGGACAAGAUUAUUUGUAUGAAGGCGGGAAAGGUUGUGGAAGUGGGCACCCACGAGAGUCUAAUCGAGAAGAAGGGACUGUACCACGAACUGGUUCACGCGCAAGUCUUUGCCGACGUCGACGAGCAGCCGAAGGUCAGAAAAGAGGCGGAGCGUCGGUUCUCGAAGCAGAUUUCCGAGAAGCGGGGCAGUUUGGCGAAGAUCAAAAGGCAGGAAUCGGAAAUCGAUGAAGGAAAGAGCGGAGGAGGACCCCCACAGCCAGAAGCCGCCGAGAAAGAGAUUAAACGUCUGAAGAAAGAGUUGGAGGAGGAAGGAGCCGUCAAAGCGAACCUUUUCCGAAUCCUAAAGUACGCCCGACCCGAAUGGAUGUUCAUCUUUCUCGCCAUCAUUUCGGCGCUAAUCCAGGGAGCCGUCAUGCCCGCGUUCUCGCUGUUCUUCUCGCAAAUCAUCAACGUUUUCGCGAAUCCGAACAAGGCGCAAAUGAAGAAGGACGGUCACUUUUGGGCGCUCAUGUUUCUCGUUUUGGCCGCUGUCCAGGGACUUUCGAUGCUCUUCCAAUGCGCGUUUUUUGGAGUUGCCGCCGAGAGAUUGACGAUGAGGGUCAGGAGCAAGGUGUACAGGUUCGGGUUUUGGCACAGAAUAGUCGGGAGGCGAUUGAUGAAGCGCUCGAUGAGCUGACGCCUUUCAUUUUCAUUUUUUGCAGAAACGUUCUCCGUCAAGACGCCACCUACUUUGACAUGCCGAAACACUCGCCUGGCCGAAUCACAACCCGUCUGGCGACCGAUGCUCCGAACGUCAAAUCGGCGAUCGACUACCGUCUCGGCUCCGUUUUCAACGCGGCCGCCUCGAUCUCGGGCGGUCUCGGCAUCGCCUUCUACUACGGCUGGCAGAUGGCCCUGCUCGUCAUGGCCAUCUUCCCGUUGGUCGCCAUCGGACAGGCCCUCGUCAUCAAGUAUCACGGCGGCACGGCGACGGCCGACGCGAAAGAGAUGGAGAAUAGCGGGAAGACGGCGAUGGAGGCGAUCGAAAACAUCCGGACCGUCCAGGCGCUCACCCUCCAGACAAAACUCUACAACCAGUUUUGUUCGCAUUUGGAUGCGCCGCACAGUGGGAACGUCUCAAAAGCGGUGCUGCGCGGUCUGACCUACGGCUUCGCCAACUCGAUUCAAUUCUUCGUCUACUCGGCCGCCUUCCGCUUCGGCCUAUGGCUCAUCUUCGAGCCGCACGUCCUAAUGGACCCGCAAAAUGUGCUCCGCGUCCUGUUCGCCAUCUCGUUCUCCUUCGGAACCAUCGGAUUCGCGGCCUCCUACUUCCCCGAGUACAUAAAAGCCACGUUUGCCGCCGGAUUGAUCUUCAAUAUGCUGGAAGAAGAGCCGCGGAUCGACGGAAUGACUUUGAGCGGGAGCACUCCGAGACUCAGCGGAGAAGUGAAACUGAACAAGGUCUUCUUCCGAUACCCCGAACGACCGGGAGUACCCAUUCUACAAGGUCUGGACGUUCACGUCAAACCCGGACAGACUUUGGCCCUUGUCGGACCCAGCGGUUGCGGAAAGAGUACUGUCAUCUCGUUGUUGGAACGAUUGUACGAUCCGAUGGAUGGUUCUGUGGUGAGUGCGCGAAAUAGACAGCAUUUUUUACUUUUCGUGGUGGGACCAAGACAUGAUUGUACUCAUUCGAAAGGUCUCGAUGGUGAUACUCAAAAAGCGUGUAAUCUUCCAGUCGGUCGACAACAACGAUCUCCGUCAAAUGAACCCGAAACAUCUGCGAAAGCACAUUGCGCUCGUGUCGCAGGAGCCGAUUCUCUUCGACACUUCCAUCCGGGACAACAUUGUUUACGGACUCGAACCGGCCGAAUUCACGGAACAAGAAAUCGAGACGGCGUGUGUCAAGGCGAAUAUUCACAAGUUUAUCGCCGAGUUGCCCGACGUGAGCUUUUUUUUCUUCUCAAUGUUCUAUAGUUUUCUGCACAUUUUGAGGGCUACCAAACACGCGUGGGCGAGAAGGGAACCCAGUUGUCGGGCGGUCAAAAACAGCGAAUCGCCAUCGCGCGCGCACUCAUCCGAAAUCCGAAAAUUCUGCUGCUGGACGAGGCGACGAGUGCGCUGGACACGGAAAGUGAAAAACAAGUGCAAAUCGCGUUGGACGCCGCCGCCAAAGACCGUACUUGUAUUGUUGUCGCGCAUCGAUUGUCGACUAUCGUCAACGCCGGAUGUAUUAUGGUGGUGAAGAACGGAGCGGUUGUCGAGCAAGGUGAGCGUUUUGGCGAGCGAAAAAUGCACUUGAUGUUUGUGCUCUAGGUUCUCAAAACUUUGGAAAAUUCGGGUCCCGCCACGUAAAGAUUACUGUACUUUUCGUGUUGGGACCCGCAUUUUCCAAUAUUCUCAGAAUCUAGGCAUGAUUAUAGUCAUUUGAAAGCUCUCAACGAGCUGAAUUCGAUAAAACCAUUUUCACACUCUAUAAUUUGUUCAUUUUUUGCAGGUACUCACACAGAAUUGAUGGCCAAACGUGGCGCCUAUUUCGCGUUGACCCAAAAACAGUCUGUGAACCAGACCGGCGGCGAAGUUGACAACGGCGACGAUGAUGCGGUCAAAUUUUAA